UGGAUUAGUAUAUAGGCAUCUCAUGCUGUCCAUGGCAGAAUAUGUUGAAAUCAUAGUUUAUAACGAGCUGGCAUCAUAGCUCCGGCAUAGAACCCUAUCCGUGCUAUAACUCGGCACCAAUCAUUCGCUAUGGGCAACUGCGUUUCUUCAUAUUGGGGGAAGUGGGCGUUGUGUGUACGAGAUAGCGAGACUUCAACCCGAUCUUGGGCUUCCACAGACUUCAGUGUGAGGUCACUUUUAUCCCAGCCACUACCAGAGCAGCCAUCGACCGAGCCGUCAUCUCCCGAGCAGGGAACAGCGGAGCAGGCAGUGCUCGAAGAACCCCGAAAAGCAUUUCAUAAUCUCGAUACUCUUCCUGCAGAGCUAUUCGACAUGAUCGCCAGCUACCUUGACCGGGAUGGGCUCUAUAGCCUCUAUCUCGUCUCCCAAAGGGUGAGCAAACUGGCAUACCCGUCCAUUCUUGCUUCCUUACAUGCCAGGAAACACACGAGGCUCACGCCCAUAGAGAUCGAAAACAUCCACACUCUGGCGAUUGACCCCACUAUCAAUCACCUUCCCAGGUCGUUGCAUGUAACCGUGCCCUAUAUCGGGUACAGUGCUGCACGGAAGGUAAGUUGGGGGCGCCUAUCUUAUGACCGAAAGGCCCUUCAUGAGCUUCCGGAGAUGAAAGCAUUGAGGCAGGACUUGAAUCGGUUAGUCAACUGCAAAGAGUUUCAUUUCACACUCACCAGGGCAGGGUCGACUUUGCAGAACAAAGUCAUGUACAUCGAGGACGCUCUUUAUGCGGUCCUUGCUGAAAACACCAUCCCGGUCGAGAAACUCAUACUGGACAGCAGGGUUGUUAAGUCGCGGGCGAACGAGAAGUCAAUGAUGCACCCAAAUCUUGCAAGGGUGUGGAGGCGCCUGAAGUCGCUCAAGAUUACCGAGUCGCCCUCAUUGGAUUUCUCGAGAGGUACUGCUCUCUCCCACAUCCUUCAGCACGCCCCAGAACUUCGAAGCCUUUCCCUUCACAGUCUAGCUGAUACCCCUGCACGUCGCUCAACAAUAUUCAAGCUAGCCAGCUCCGCAAACAUACGAACUAACCGACUCGAGAAGCUGAGGCUUUCGUAUCUCACAGUUGAGCCGGAAGAUCUGAUCAUGUGGCUGACACGCUUCAAUAGUACCCUGAGGAUACUGGACCUUCAAUCCAUUGGCCUGGCGCACGGAAGCUGGGUAAAUGUAAUUCAGCACAUCCUCGACUCAUGUCCUAACUUGCAGAAAGUUGUUGUGGACUACCCGUGGGUUUCUGAUUGGAACCGGAGUGCCUGGGAUAAAUUUGAGUGCUCGGGGCCAGAUAUUCGAAUAAAGCUAGAGCAAUUCAAGCAGAGCGCCACCGAAGCCAAAAUUUAACUUGUCAAGGGCGACGUCCUGGCAAGUAUCCACUCGUUUGUGUA